UCCAACAUUGCCUCAAACCCCAAACCAAUAGCCUCUAUCAACACUAGCUAGAACACUACAUAGUACAUACAAUAAUGAAUUCUUCCACAUCAAAAAGUUUCGGUGGCUGUAAACAAAAAACAGAUGAGAUUAGUAGGGCUGAGGAGAGUGGGUGGACUUCUUAUCUGCAGGAUUUUUCAUUGAAUAGUAGCAGUGAUAACUAUGGCGGCUCGGCGGCGUAUUCUUACCGUGGAGAUUACAGCCGUUUUGGCGGCCCUUCUUUGCACUCCGACGCUGCCUCUCCGGCUGCAUGGAAGGAGCGCGGUGGCGCCGAUGCUCACGACGGUGGAGACUCAAUGGGCGGCUUUCAUCAGAGACUCAAGAACUUGAAGAAAUCAAAAAAGAAAACGUCUGACCCUGACUUGGAGGAUACUGCUAGCUCACCUGUCAAUAGUCCAAAGGUUACUGUUCUCAAGCCGGCGGAAAUCAACCAGAAGAAAAUUAAAGAAAGUAAUAUUGGGAAUUACAGCAAUUACCGGUAAAAUGAAAGUGCAUGGGUUUUGAAUGUUUUCAAGACUUGCAGAGUGAUGAAGCAUUCAUCAUAUGCAACUGGAUGAUCGAAUGUUAAGGAUUUAAUUUUAAUUAAACCGUAAUUACAUGUAAUUGUUUAAUUAGAUGCUCAUUAUGCAAUUCAAUUUCAGCAUAUAUAUGUAUCAAAGUUACAUGUAAUUGUUUAGAUGCUUAUUACAAUAACUGAUCAAUAAACAUUUUCAAUAUAAUUAUAUUGC